AUGGAUUAUCCAUAUACGAGUGGGUCAAACUUUGUUGAUCUUCUUCAAAGUCAACAAAAUGUUUUUGGUUCUAGCAACCUCGGUGUAGAGAGUCCUGUAUUUGGAACUCAACAGAGCCUGGAUAGCAACCUCGGUGUAGAGAGUCCUGUGGAGCGCCGAGAACGCAGGAAAUGGACGCCCUCAGAUGACAUUUUGCUCAUCAGUUCAUGGCUCAACACGAGUAAAGAUCCAGUAGUGGGUAAUGAGCAAAGAUCAGGGGCUUUCUGGUCACGCAUUGCCUCCUUCUUUGCCACAAGCCAGAAGGGUGGAGGCUGCGAAAGGAGAGAGCCGAUGCACUGUAAGCAGCAGUGGCAGAAGAUCAACGACAGCGUGUGUAAGUUCUGUGGCUGGUACGAGGCUGCAACCAGGGAGAAGACCAGCGGACAAAAUGAGACAGAUGUUCUCAAAAAAGCGCAUGAGAUCUUCUACAACAACCAUAAAAAGAAGUUUAACCUUGAGCAUGCGUGGAUGGAGCUGCGCAAUGACCAGAAGUGGUGUGAUCUUUCAAGCACAAAACAGGCUGGAAGCUCAAAAAAGAGGAAGUUGGACGAUGGUGCACAAUCAUCAGCCUCUCGCUUGUCUGAAAGCAAGACUUCUGAAGCUGAUGACGGCAACACUCGUCCACCGGGUGCAAAAGCAUCUAAGGCGCGUGGUAAGAAGACGGUUGAGGGGAUGGGGCUGUCUCAGUUUCAGUCAAUGUGGUCUAUUAAACAGGAAGAUCUUGCCAUGAAAGAAAGGCUGUCCAAGAUGGCUCUGCUUGACAGUCUUAUUGGAAAAAAAGAGGCACUGUCUCAGGGUGAAGAAGCUCUGAAGACGAAGCUGAUUAAUGACUUGUUGGCUAAUUAG